AUGAGCGAUGAUGAUUAUUUCUUCACACGUCUCAGGCAUGCACUCACUCCCCCUCCACCAGAGGAGAUUGGAGAGCAAGAGGAGGAGGAGGAGGUGGAGGAGGAGGUGGAGGAGGAGGAGGAGGAGGAGGCUGUACUGGAACCAGAGGAUGAGCAGCCCGUGCUCGAUGACAUUCUACACGUCCCUCUCGGUGAUGUAUUCGACUUCUCAGACGUGCACGAACAAGACUACUAUCAUGAUCAACUUCCCCAGGCCUUCGAAGAUCACUCCAUCAUUCGGAACGCGUAUAUACGCGUCUUUGUUCUCGUCGUUGUCCAUGGUGUCUCGCAUAGCGCAGCUCAAUGCACUCUCGAUGGAUUACGUCUCACUAUCACACAGGCUGCCAACAAGCACCCCGAAGACAAUUACCCAGGACUUAGCAACUUUGCUCGAACGGUGCCCACUGUCCUGAAACGUCUAGGCCUCUCGAUGGACCACUUCAUCAUAUACUUAACCGUGUGCGACGUGUGCUGGGCAGUACACCAUCCAUCUACCAUAUCAGACCUUCCCUCGCCUUCCUGCACGUCCGAAAACUGCACAGGCACUAUCUAUAAGGAAAAGCGACUUGCAAACAGUGACAUCAAAAGAACACCUGUAAAAAUCGUACCUUAUGUUCCCCUCGAGCGUGCCAUUCAGCGGUUCCUGCUCCGGCCUGGUAAAUGGGAGCAGCUGCAGCACUGGAGAGGUGGAGGAGACGAUGCGGGACCGGUUCCACCUAACUAUGAAUCUGGGUUUGACGCGUUUGACAACCCCUCAAAGCCCAUGACCGACAUUUACGACGGGUGGGGAUGGAGAGCUAUCCAGGCAGGACUAGAGAGGCGGAGGGGAGGAGAAUUCAGCAUUCACGAUGUAGACGUUCAAGAACUCGACCAGAGGUUCAUCUCAUUGCCCUGCGGACUAGUUCUCCAGUUCAACAUCGAUUGGUUCCAGUCCACCACACGCGACUGUCACUCCACCGGCGCGUUUUACGUUGUUAUUUGCAACAACCCCCGAUCCAUACGAUACGCUGCGGAAGAGACGAUUCUCGCCAUGGUUCUACCAGGUCCUCACGAGCCAAAUCUACAGCAACUUAACAACCUCAUGGAUGUAUUUGUCAACAGCGCUAUGAGACUUGGACAAGGUGUCGAAUUCAAGGUGUACGACCACAACGAGCUCGAACUGGUACAUACCCAUCUUUCCAUGAACUGCUCCGAUCUCCCAUCAAGCCGACGAACGAACGGUUAUCAAGGCCACGCGUCAAAACUGUUCAUGUGCCCACAAUGUUGUGCAACGUCCUUCUCCCUUGUACACCCUUCCUGCUUCGAUCCCACCCAAUUCGAACCCCGGGAGGACUGGCGACACAUCAAGUACGCCUUCCGUGCUCGCGACGCCAAUGAACACAAUGCUCAGGUGAUCCGGGAGCAUCGAGGAGUGUCAUGGACCCCCCUCAACUACCUCCCAGGGUGGAUGCCUGCAGGAAGUGCAGGCAUCGACUUCAUGCACUGUGUAUUCCUAACCAUGGUCAAACAUGUGACCAAGGUUAUCAUACACGGUCACGGACUGCUCAAUUCCACGCAGGAGACCAAUCCCAUCCAACGUCUUGAAAAGUUUUAUCACGACCUACAAUGGCCACCUGAAGUUACGAGACUCCCUCCUUCGGCAAGUUCGGUCAAAGCGGACCAGUGGAGGAAUCUAAUACAUGUCUUUUUCGUUGGUCUGUUUGUUGCCUGGGAGCAACACGGCGAGAUCCCCGAUGCCAAUGCCCCACCAUCUGCAGCUAACACAAAAAUUGCCAAAGCUCAAGCCAAGUACACGACAGCCACACGAACUCGGUUACAUCGAAACCUUCGACGACACUACGAUGCCCUACUUGAGUUCACUGUCGCUAUACGAAUACUCGCCACUCGUGAGAUCUCCCCUAUGGAUGUAAAACGAGGAUCUGCAGCACUUGCACGAGCGACGCAGACAUGGGCGUCAAUGCAUCUACCCCUCACACCUUAUUUUCACUUCGGACAGCACCUUGAAGAGCAGAUAUACAAGCAUGGACCCAUCUACGGCCACUGGACUUUCCCCUACGAACAGCUCAACGGCAAGCUCCUCCGAUUCAAGCACAAUCAUCACAAGGGUGGUGAAUUAGAAGGCACGCUGAUGCGUCGAUGGUGGGCUGUGACGUUCAACUAUGAAUUG